UAAAAUGCAGGUUUGAAUUGUCCCCGUGAUGCUACCAGUGCGAUUCGCAAAUUCGCCUUAACAGCGGCGGAAUGCAGUAUUUGCGCAGCCAUUCAUACUAGUCACCGUAACUAUGUAGUGGGCGCCCUCUCUGGACUAUAUAAGACGGGGCAGCGACAGAAAAUCCUUCAUCAAUACCAUCAUCUCCACUAUCAUGGCACUCGUUCUCCCCACCUUGACCGCCUUCACUACUUCCCAUCUCAUAGCCAUUUUGACGGCCAAGACUCAAGCAGAUUUCACCGCAGCGUUUGAUGCGCUUUUCGCCCGCAAUCUCAGUGUUGUUUACAAUGGAAAGCAACUUUCGAGGGAACAGUAUCAGGCGCAGUUGCUCGGUCAGAGCAGUGCUGCUGUUGAAGAGCAAGGUGCGAGCGUCAGUGUUCAAGGACAACUAGAAGUUCCCGGCAACGACGGCCAAAUUUCUGGUAUUGUCGGUCUAUUUUACAGUUCCCUUGUUGACUCGAGGUUCCUCGUCUUUGGAGCUCCCGCGGAGAGCAAAGUGACUUCUUCAUUUAAUGCAACCAUUCAGGCUACAGAGCCUCGACCUCCGUCUAACCCCCGCAUUCGCGGAUAUUUUGACCCCCGUCGCAUAGUGACGGUGAACCAGAUUGCCACCGAUCAAGCUCUGCAUGUCACCAUUCCUACCGCUUCCAUCAACUCAACCUCACCUGGCGUCACUACUAAGAAUUUCGCGCUUCCGCAGGGGCCAUUUGGUGCACCCUUUGGUCCCGGACCAGUACACUUGGGCCCUACAGAGACAAAUGCUGUCCCAGAGACGUUCCCAGGGGACGGGGAAUUUGGUGCUCUUCCACCUUUGAUCCCCGGGGAAACUAUCGGUAAAGAGACUAAUACCAAGGCAUGAGUAUCUCAGAACAUAUCUCAUACUUAACAGUCCGAAUAAUCUUUCUGAAGGCAAAAGUGAUGAUAUCAUGUACACUUCGGAGCAUACGGCAUGAUUUAGUGAAUGGAAUAUAGGCCUACGGCUAAGUUGAGUAUCGAUUCAAUAAGGGCGACAUUAAUCGCG